UGAUAAACAAUUGGAGCAGGCGGUUGUUUCGUCUGCAAUUGCAAUUUUAAAUGCUAUACGAAUAAAUUAUUUACAGCAUAGUUUUUCGCAUUUCAUGCCUAUGGAAUUAUCUUUUAGUGAUAAGUUUAUCAUUGUAUAAUUUGUAAAAUCUUUAUUUAUCAUGCUUCGAAAUCCAUACAAAGUCUAUUCAAGAACAAGAAGUUGUUAAACUCUGUUGAAGAUGGCACCACUAGAUAUUGGAGAUCUUCCCUCAGAAUUAACGUCUAAUCCUUCGGCUUAUGUUGCUGUUACUGGCCUUGACAUAGAAAAUAAUGCUAUUCACCGUACUAUAUGGGAAUCUUUUACUACCAAUAGGCAAGAUCGAGUUCCUUUGUUCCUAAAGCUUUUGCCUGUUGGUCAUGAAUUUCCAAAAGCAAAACCUAAGCGCACUUCAUAUGACUGGUAUGUGCCAAAAGGGAUUUUGAAAACAAACUGGCUUUCGAAACAUUUGACAGAAGUACCAGCUGUUGCAGUGCAAUUUGUGGAUUUGGAUUGGGAUAGCCCUUCUUGGGCAGAGAAGCGAUUAGAAUGUGCAAAUAAAUUAGAAAUGCUGAGAGAAAGCCUGCAAGGUCGAUCUACCCGUGUUGCUUUAGUUUUAAUUCAGAAGAGAGCAGCUUUGCCUGGUACUGAUGACCAAAUUGCAGCUGAGAGGGCUGCAUCUUUAUGCAGUGCUUGUGAUUUGUCUGGUAAAACCUUGUUUGUCCUUCCUCAUUCAGACCAUUUAUAUGGAUACACAUUGCGUUUGCAGAAUGCAUUUUAUGAGUUGGCUCAAACUUAUUACCACCAUGAAAGUCGGCGUAUUAAGAAUCAUAAAGAUCAUUUGAACAAAACAACUCAUCAGCUUCUAUUUGUAAGACACCAGUUCAAGAUUGCCUUUCUGACUGAAUUAAAACAAGAUAUUUCUGCUGCUUUAAAAAGCUACAAACAAGCCUAUGCAAAUUUAAUGGAAGUUCGAGCUUCAGAUGCAAAUUUGUUGGAAAUAAAGACUGUUGCUGGAUUUAUAAAUUAUAAAAUGUGCAGACUUUCAUUUUUAAAUGGUACACCUCUUGAUGCUAUUUCUCAGUUUAGAAAUCAUGUAGAUAUUUUCAAGAAUAAAGUUGGUCAUCCAGAACUGGCAUUUGAGCAUAGUGCAUGGAUGUCAAAACAGUUUAGCCACUUUGGUGAUUUAUUUGAAGAUGCUGUGCAGCAGGGUUUGAAUGCAAUUCAAACACAACAUCCUGGUUUCUAUUACCAGCAAGCUGCUAAUCAUGCAUCAAAUCGAAAAGCUCUUUGUUAUAAGCUGUGCAAAUCUGUUGAAGAGCCUCCCGAUUUUGAAAUAUUAGAAGGGGCUGACUCCUUGGAGUUUUAUGGUCAAAGACCGUGGAGAGCAUGCUGUCAAAGUUUAGAACCACCAGAUCCUCAAAAAGAGCUGAAAGGUAUCAUGGCUUUAAAGUAUAAAGAGUUCCAUGAAGUAGAUCAUCCAAUGAUUAUUAUUCCUUUGCUAAGCAGUGCUGUUGCUCAAUUCAAGAAGUACAAGUGCCCUAGAAUGAAACGACAAUUGACUGUGGAAAUGGGAGAAGAAUAUUAUUGUUACAAAGAUUACAGACAAGCGUUAACGCUGCUGAAGCAUGUUCUCUGGGAUUACAGAGUUGAAAAAUGGAGACCCAUUGUCUCGAGUAUAUUGACUACAGCUUUACGAUCUGCUUAUUUAUCUGCCAAUAUCCAAGAUUACAUUUCACUUGGAAUUGAAAUGAUUAGUAAUUGGAUUUUGUGCAGCACUGAUGAAAAAUCAAUUUUACAGAAUAAUAUAAAUAAUGUUUUACAGGGAAAACCAUUAUUUGCCAUGCCAGGCAUUUCAGAGCAAGAUAACAAAGAAGCUGAUAAAUUAUGGCAAGAAGUUAUUCAGAAUCAUAAAGAACCUCUUAUAUUCACUAUUCAAAUGACUUCUAUUGUACCAUUCAUUGAAUGUAAAGCUGGUUUUGUAUCAGAAAAUUACAUGGCCGACCAACGAAUUACUGUUACUGUUUAUUUAAGAAUGAAUUGCCCUCAACCAAUUUCAUUUUCUAAAUUGAAUGUUCUGUUUAACAAUGAAAAAUAUAACGGCUUUUGUGAAGUGCCUCCAACUCAUGACAAAAGCUCUCAUUCUGAGGAGAAGAACAUGCACAAACUUUAUCUAGUUCCUCGAAACACUCACACCUUUACUUUUAACUUCAUUCCAGAUUUAAAUGACAUUGGGAAAGUGAUACAGAUAACAUCAGUUGCUCUUCAGAUGGGUUCUGAGGAUUACUUAUGUGCUGUUUUGCACUGGACAACUCCACCUGAGACAUUCUCUUUGGUCACUCCUAGUGCCACUGCAAUCAAGGCUGGAUCUUUCAGUGAUGAUCCUACCUUCCAAAGUAUCAUUCCACUUUCUCAUACAAACAUUCUUCCAAGAAAUGCUCACAUUACUAUUAAUAUAGAACACCAGCCACCUGCUCUGAUUAAUGAAUUUUAUGUCUUUCGUUUAUCGGUCACAAAUGAUGAAAUUAGUAAAAUUAGUAAUGUUGUACUCAAUGUUAGUCUUAAGGAAGGACAGGAGCAGUUUGUCCAUGAAAGCACUCAUCUCUCAGAUAAAGCUGAACAUCCUCAAAAAUGUGUCACAUAUUUGAAAAAUGUUUCAUUUGGUGAUAUGGAUCCUGGAGAAAAGGCUGAAAAGUGCAUUUUUAUGAAAGCAACUGAAGUUUCUGUCCGAAAAUUGAAUUUUGAGAUAAAAUAUGACAUAGAUGUGGAAAUUGAUGAUCAAUUGUUACAUUGUUGCUGUAGCAAAACCCAAGACUUGGAAGUUUUUACUGUGGAACCAUUUGAAUUUGUUUUUAAAAUUUUAAGCAUGAAGUUUGAAGAACAGCAAUCUGUUCGAGCUGAAGAACCAUUUAUUCUUAAAAUCGAUAUUCAUUCUUAUUCUUCUCUUCCAUUGCUUCUAGAAGACUCGUCGAUUGAAUUGCCUCACCAGCUAAGUUUUGUGGAUAAAGAAGUGACUUCACAAUUGCAGAACUUAUCCUUGCAUUUUAGUGAAGCAGCCAGUGAAUGCUUUGUUUUAGUAACUCCUUUAGAGUGCCCUGCCAGAAUGAGUACUGGAACUUUUUCAUUGAAAUGGAAAAGGGAUUCACAAGAUGAAUUGCAUCAUUCUGUCGUCACACCUGUACAUCUACCCUUCCUUGAUGUUAUUCAAUCACCAAUCUAUGUAGAAUUGAAUUGCCCUGCUUAUGGUGCUGUGCGUACUCCCAUGACAAUUACAUAUACUAUUUACAACCGAACCAGUUUUGUUCAAGAAAUGAAACUUGCAUAUGAGAGCAGUGAUGCUUUCAUGUAUGCUGGAAACAAAGAUAUGAAGUUCCGAAUCUUACCAAGAGAUUUGUACAAACUGACUUACAAUUUAUAUCCAUUGGUGGCUGGCUAUGCUGUGCUGCCCAACAUGCACUUGACUCUCAAUGCUGAGAAGGCUAAUGAACUUUGUUUAGAUUCUUUAGUGAAAGAAAUGACACCAUCCCAUAUAUUUGUCAUGCCUCAUGGAAGAAAAAACAUUGGUGAGCCGAUUGCAAUAGCCUGAGUGAAUGAAUGUCGAAAUGUCCGUCUGACUUCUAAAAUUUUGGACUGUGUGUUGAAAAGUUAAUUAAUUAUUUGAGAUUGUAAAUUAUGUAUGUAACUAUUAUUUGUAUAUAAGAAUUAAGAAUAAAAUAUUUUUAAAUGCUUUAUGCAAAAUUGAAAUAAAAU